UUACAGGACCGAACACAAUUUAGUGACCGAGACUUAGCCACCCUAAAGAAAUACUGGGACAAUGGCAUGACCAGCCUGGGCUCAGUCUGCAGAGAGAAAAUUGAAGCUGUGGCUGCAGAAUUAAAUGUUGACUGUGAAAUAGUGCGGACUUGGAUUGGGAAUCGAAGACGGAAAUAUCGUUUAAUGGGGAUUGAGGUCCCACCCCCUAGAGGAGGUCCUGCUGAUUUCUCUGAUCAAUCUGAAUUUGUUUCUAAAUCAGCAAGUAAUCCAGGAGAGGAAACUGCUACUGAAGUGGGGGAUGAUAAUGAUAGGAAUGAUGAAGUAUCAAUCUGCUUAUCUGAAGGAAGCUCACAAGAAGAGACAAAUGAAACUCUUCAAAAUGAAGAAAUUGGUCCCAAAGAUGAUGACCAGAACCCAGUUCCCACAGAUAAUGUGAAAAUAGAAAUUAUAGAUGAUGAAGAAAGUGACAUGAUCAGCAAUUCUGAAGUGGAUCAGAUGAGCUCUCUCUUGGAUUACAAGAGUGAAGAAGUCAGAUUCAUUGAGUCUCAGCUGGAGAGUCACAAACAGAAGUACUUUGAGCUCCAGGCCUUUACUCGGAGUUUGAUCCUUGCUGUCAAAGCAGAUGAUAAAGAACAGCAGCAGGCACUGCUUUCAGAUUUACCUCCUGAACUAGAAGAAAUGGAUUUCAACCACACAUCCCCAGAGCCUGAUGAUACCUCAUUCAGCUUGUCCUCUUUGUCAGAGAAAAAUGCCUCAGACAGUUUGUGA